AUUGGGCGUGUCACGUGACUCGGGAAACUGCAUGUUAUAUAUACCACGGCUGUUAUUAUAGAAAGCUGUUACAAAACACCGAGAAGCCGGACCAGCAGUGCAUUGUCUAGCUCGGCCCGUGCAUCGAUUUUAGACAGUUUGACUCACGUCCAGCUCCGUACUUAAGAACUACAGAGUCGAGAUGAAGGUUGUAGCCUUGUUGUCUGUUUUGCUACUCGUUGAGUGUGCGGCAGCAUCUCCUCUGUUGCAGUUUUUGGAAACGGCUACCCAGGAGCAAUCGUUGGAUGUCUCCAAGGACCCAGUGGAGGAGUUCUUCAAUCUGCCCGCCGCCCCUGAUAAUGAUGAAGGCGAUGACGGCUCACCAAACAUGAUGCUGACGUUUGGUGUGAAGGGGUUUGAGGAGGAGGCCGUGGCAGAGGAGGAAGCCCCCUUGGAUUGCGGGUUGGACCUGUUUCAGCUCGCCUGGAAAAUUGGGGCUAAGCAAUUCUGUCUCCUCGUGUGGCGGGCGGGUUUGAAGGACACCCUCAAGACUGGAGGACCCUUCACUGUCUUCGUACCUAGUGACCGUGCCAUAUCUCGUCUGCCGGCCUGGGUAAAAUUUUACCUGAUCAUCCACAAGACGGCGCUGCAGGCGAUCUUGAAGUAUCACGUGAUCAACGGGCGAGUAAUGGCUUCGGAGCUAAUGGGCGAUGACGAGAAAACGAUCCCCACGCUGUACAAAGAUAAAAGCCUUAGAAUCAAUGUCUACCCGAGAAAACACCCCAAAGGUUCCAAGCUCAUCACUGCGUCGGGUAGCCCUGUCUGGAAAGCCGACAUCAACGCGACCAAUGGCGUUAUCCAUCUGGUCGGAAAGGUGAUUACGUCCAUCCCAGUGGAUACUUCUGGUGGAGUAGUGGAGAAAUGCCCGGAUUUCAGGGUGUUGAAGAGAUGCCUUAAUGCCACUGGCUUGACCGGUGCUUUAAAAGGAGAUGGUCCGUUGACUUUGUUCGCUCCAACCAACGAAGCUUUCAGGAAGCUUCCACCUGGUGUGAGAAAGAUGUUGCUCAACAAUUCUACAGUUCUUAAAGAGGUCCUUUUGUAUCAUGUCGUAAACCUGACGUACUACGCGGCUGGGCUGGUCAAUUACGACAACGUCACCACUUUUGAAGGCGAUGCUAUCAAAGUGCAUGCCUGUCGAAGGUACCACGUCCUCAAGGUUAACAACGCACGUGUCACCUAUCCCGACGUGUCCACAACUAAUGGAGUCAUGCAUGCAAUCAACCGCGUGCUUCUUCCCCCCUCAAUGGCGGAUCUCCUUUCAUCGGAACCGGAUGUAGAGGAAGAAGGGAAAGGAGUAGAGAGUAACGAAAUUCCCAUGGUUUACGAGAAGAUAUUUCAUGAAAAGUUCGAUUUCGAGAAGGAAAUGGGAAGGGGUUUUAAUGAAAUUAGACUCUGAUUGUUAGUUGUCAGUGAUGAUGAAAUGAAUGCAAUAUAGUAGCCACGGACGUGGAGCAUAUGCAUACGCAAGAAGGACCCUGCAACGUAGUGUGAAAUGGACAUUGUAUUUAAAAAAUACGGUGUAUGUGCCCUCACUCUAACGAAAAAAGAUCUUGCAUAAGAAAUCCAGCUAUUCUCAAAAAGUGCAGAAAUCCAUACGAUAGGCCUUUAUAUAUAUAUAUAUUUUUUACAAGGAAAAUAUCGAUAUACCUGUAUAUAUCAAUGUAUGGGUGUACCUACAGAUCGUAAACGCCCAGUGAUGAAUUAACAAUUAAUUUCUGUUUUUUUAAAGUUAUGUUAAAUCUGACUGCAGAAUCUCUCCUAAAAGAUUUAUUGAGAUUACAAAUGUGUUUACAGACAUUUGGAAUAGGACGGAAUAUUGCAUUAGGUGCGACUUCUUCGCGCACUACAUGUAUAUGAAAAAUAUGCUAGGCUUCAGUAAUAGUUUAUCCAUUGUUCUUAUUGCCCUCAGUUUUUUUUUUUUUUUAAUGAAACAGCUGGUCUACAUAUUAUUGAAAAUUAUAUUAUUUUAUACUCAUAAUCAUAACUUGUACUCGGAAACUUUUCUUUAUUUUUUCAAUGUAAUGCAUUCUC